GGCGUGGCUUGGCCGGGGAGAUUGACUCCCGGAUGCUGUCCUUAUCAAGCCUCUGGCGCCUGCUCUCCUGUAUGUCCCUUCUGCCCCGAGCUGUCUCAUUACUGCCAGCUCUUGCGCAGCUUUGUCUGGGUUUGUUUCCACGUCUGUGGUUUCUGUCGCCGCUACCCUGUCUCCAUCGCCCAGCUCAGCUUCUGGCCUUCCUCCGAUACUCCACGGGAGAGCCCAGAGAGCCUCCGGAGCUGGUGAGCUGAGAAGUCAUGGAAGAAGUUUCAUCCUGCUCCCUCCGCAGCACUCUGUUCCAGCAGGAAGAACAGAACAGGAUUACCUACCGGAUCCCAGCACUGCUGUACAUUCCUCCCACCCACACCUUCCUGGCCUUCGCAGAGAUGCGUACCUCAAGCAGAGAUGAGGAUGCUGUCUACCUGGUGUUCAGACGAGGGGUGAUGAAGGGGUGCUCUGUUGAGUGGGGCCCCCAACAGCCACUGAUGGAGGCCACAUUACCUGGGCAUCGCACCAUGAGCCCCUGCCCUGUGUGGGAGAAGAAUACUGGCCGUGUAUACCUGUUUUUCAUCUGCGUGCAGGGCCAUGUUAGUGAGCGCUGGCAGCUUCUGUGGGGCAGGAAUGCUGCCCGUCUCUGCUUCCUUUACAGUGAGGACUCUGGGUGCUCGUGGGGUGAAGUGAAAGAUUUGACUGAGGAAGUCGUUGGCUCAGAGAUGAAGCACUGGGCCACGUUUGCUGUGGGCCCAGGUCAUGGCAUCCAGCUGCAGUCGGGGAGGCUGCUCAUUCCCGCCUAUGCCUACUUGAUAUCAUGCUGGUUUCUCUGCUUUCCAUGUUCAGUCAAGCCCCAUUCCCUAAUGUUCUACAGUGAUGACUUAGGAGUCACAUGGCACUGUGGCAAGUUCAUUAAGCCCCAGGUGACAGGGGAGUGCCAAGUGGCAGAAGUGCCUGGGAAGGCUGGUAACCUUGUGCUCUACUGCAGUGCCCGAACACCAAACAAAUUCCGAGCAGAGGCUUUUAGCACUGAUAGUGGUGACUGCUUUCAGAAACCAACCCUGAACCAACAACUCUGCGAGCCUCGUGGUGGCUGCCAAGGUAGUGUAGUGAGCACCCGGCCUUUGAAGAUGCCAUACACAUGUCAAGACUCAAGUGGUAAAGAUGUUCCCUCUACUCAGAAAUGCCCUCUGAUGGACAGAUCUCUGGAGGUGGAGGAAGGAGCUGGAGCACCAUCAGGGACAUGGCUCUUGUACUCACAUCCAACUAACAAGAAGAAGAGAAUGAACCUAGGCAUCUACUACAACCAAAACCCCUUGGAGGUGAACUACUGGUCCCGCCCGUGGAUCUUGAACCGUGGGCCCAGUGGCUACUCUGACCUGGCUGUGGUAGAAGGACAGGGCUUGUUCGCGUGCUUAUUUGAGUGUGGGGAGAGGCAUGAGGAUGAGAAGAUUGACUUUUGUCUGUUUUCAGACCAAGAGGUCCUGAGCUGUGACGACUGUACCAGCCCUAGUAGCAACUAAGGCCAAAUAAAGACUGAUGGGUGAGGCCCAGCUGUCCACAGAAGGGAGUGGCAAUGGCAGCUGGGAUAGCAGAGGUCUCUGAUGUCCACAGAAAAUCUAAGAACUAAUGAUCUGCUCCUUGCAUUUUUUUCCAGUUUUCCCUCAAACGAGCAUAGUAAAAAUUGUGCCAUAUCUUACACAACAAGGCUCUUUGAGCUGGGAGUUUGGAGACUGUGCUGUAGUUGUGGCUCUGCUGUUGGCUUGCUUCAGGACUCUGGAUGUAUCCCUGAACUCUUUGGACAUCGAGUCUCCAUUUGUAUAAUGAGAAGAUUGGUGCAGGAUCUCUUCCCUUCCCUUCCCUUCCCUUCCCUUCCCUUCCCUUCCCUUCCCUUCCCUUCCCUUCCCUUCCCUUCCCUUCCCUUCCCUUCCCUUCCCUUCCCUUCCUUUCCCUUCCCUUCCCUUCCUUUCCCUUCCCUUCUUUCCUUCCCUUCUUUUCUUAUUAAAAGGAGAGGCUGUGUGCUCACUUCCUGCUCCACAAACCCUGGAUUCUGAUCUGAAUUGGAGCCACAGACUUGUCUUUUCAAAUGAUUCACUGCUCACCUGAGUAUUAGGUGCUAAGUAGGUGCUUUAGGCUAGAAGAAAGAUCUGUGUUGUAUUUUUAAUAAGAAAAAAAUCGCGUUAUCCUUCCAAUCAUACCCAGAGCUGUGCAAAUUCUCUAUCUUAGGAGACUUGAGGGCUGGAGAGAUGGCUCAGUGGUUAAGAGCACUGACUGCUCUUCCAGAGGUCCUGAGUUCAAAUCCCAGCAACCACAGGGUGACUCACAACCAUCUGUAAUGGGAUCUGAUGCCCUCUUCUGGUGUGCAUGAAGACAACAACAGUGUACUUAAAUGUGAUAAUAAAUAAAUAAAUC